GAACUCGAGAACUACUAAGCAAGAACUUUUUGAUGGGGUACUGCCACGUUGGAGCAAUUUCCUGGCGUCUUAAAUAAUAAGCUGAUAGUGGGGUCUCUUCAGGUCUGUUCAGUUAUGUUACAAAAACUUAUAACGUCCAAGAUGAAAAAAUACCAUGUAAGCUAGUUAGCAGUGAAUUUUUACGCGUUUUUAUAAACAACACACAGCUGGUGUCCUGGGAUAUACAAAAAAGGCCUACCAAGACUGACCUCUAUUUCCAUUCAAGACUUCACUCAAAAUGCUUUAAAAGUGGCCUAGUUCUCAAACUCACAGAGCAACAUGGGUGGUACCGUCCUGGUUCUGUCAUCGACGGUUUCUGUGUUGGGCGGAUUGGUAUUCGGGUAUGAACUGGGUAUCAUCUCGGGGGCUCUGCUUCAACUGCAAAAGGAAUUCCACCUCGGCUGUUUCCAACAGGAAGUUGUUGUGAGCGCCCUUCUCUUUGGAGCUCUUUCAGCCUCUCUGAUUGGUGGAGUCCUUAUUGACAGUUAUGGCCGAAGGAAUUCCAUACUGUUCAGUAACCUGCUGGUACUGGGAGGCAGCUUGACGCUUGUAUUUUCUGGCUCCCUUGUUUCCUUAGUAGUUGGACGGAUCACUGUUGGCUUCGCCAUGUCCAUUUCCUCCAUGUCCUGCUGCAUUUUCGUCUCGGAGAUGGUAAACUCCCAGCGCAGAGGAAUGCUGGUGUCUCUGUAUGAAGCUGGGAUCACGGUUGGCAUUCUCACAUCUUAUUCCCUGAAUUAUGUUUUUGCUGAUACCACAGGCGGGUGGAAAUACAUGUUUGGAUUGGCUAUCGCGCCUUCUUUAAUUCAAUUCAUCUGUAUUCUCUUCCUACCCCCCAGUUCUGAGACCCCCAAAAGUGUUAAAGUGGAGGAACCUGCCCACAGCGGACUCAUGCAGUUAACUAGAGUAGAAGAGUCGGAGGACCCUGUAACGCUUGUGGACACUGGGAAACAAUACAGCUUCUUGGAUCUCUUUCAGACUAAAGAUAACAUGAGGACCAGGACACUAAUUGGGUUGGGUCUUGUACUUUUUCAGCAGUUUACUGGCCAACCCAACGUGCUGUUCUAUGCUUCAACUAUCUUUCAUUCAGUGGGUUUUCAAAGCACUGCUUCAGCGGUUUUGGCCUCCGUUGGGCUUGGAAUUGUCAAGGUUGUGGCUACGUUGGUUGCCAUGAGCUGUGCAGAUAAAGUUGGCCGGAGAGCGCUCCUGAUUGGCGGAUGCAUUGUGAUGUCAGUGUCGGUGACUGCUAUUGGCCUUUUAAGCCAGCAUGCUUUGCUUCAUGUCAAGAAGACCUGCGAUGCUGCUGAUCAUUUUAAAAGCAAUCUUUCUUCAAAGACUUCUCUCAGUGACCCCACAAGUUUAAAUAUUUCUUUUUAUCCCAUUAUGAAUCCGAGCAUUAACAGCUUUAAAUGGAUGAGCAGCGGUGAGAAUAUCAGUUCUUUGAGUUUGGGGUCUCCAGAUGGCUCACAGCCUCAUGCUGUGCCUCCGUCUGCCCUGCUGGAAGCUCAAGUAGAGCCUGUAACUCCGAAGUAUGGCAUUGCUGGAGAUCAUGGGGUAUUAAACUGGAUCACCUUGUUAAGCAUGAUGGCAUUUGUAAGUGCAUAUUCGGUUGGCUUUGGACCAAUGACCUGGUUAGUAUUGAGUGAGAUAUUCCCUGCUGGAUUAAGAGGGAGAGCAUUUGCAUUCACCAACUGUUUUAACUGGGCAGCCAAUCUGAUUGUCACGUUAACUUUCCUGGAUGUAAUUGAUGCAUUGAGUCUGUCUUGGACGUUCCUGUUGUAUGGAGUGAUCGCAGUAGCUGCUGUUGUGUUCAUUUACCUCUUGCUUCCUGAAACCAAGGGAAAGUCACUUGAAGAAAUAGACAAAGAGCUUUCUGGAAAAAGGUUGUUUCAAAGAGGAAUAUUUUGGAAAUGUUUUAGCAGGAAAGUAAUUUCUUCAGCAGGAUAUCAAAGAGUUCAACUGUCAAUGGAGUAGAAGCCACAAGCUAGCUUUGGCUGAUUUGUACUUUUUUUUUUUUUUAACGUGCAAUCAUUUUAAAUACAUAAACGUCUACAAAUAGUAUUUGUAUGUGGUGUUCUGACUAACUUUUUUUUUUUUUUUUUUAAAUAUUGAAAUGCGUUUUCUUGUUUGUAUAAUGAAUAUUGUACAAUAUAUUUGAAUUUGUGCAGAUGUCAUGUCAGGACCACAAAAUAAAAGUUUUCAUGCAAAAUGUCACUUGCUACGGUUUUACAAACAGAAUACAACCAAAUCAUAUAUAUUAUAACAAUUUGUGACAAACCACAAAAAGCACUGACAAACCUCAUUAUGAUACAAACAAAAAGAAACAAAGAAAAAAGAGAAAUAAUUUAAGAAAACAAUACACCAAAAGUGAAGCUCACCAAUAAAUUCCACCUGGCCUAGUGGGGCACCUGACCAGUAGGGGUCGCUAAAGUACAAUAAGGUGAUCACUGGAUGCACAGUAUGGUCCCACAGGUGUGAUCAGCAACCCUGCACACACAGGACUGAAACCAGCCAUGCAUUCCUCACCCUGCACUUCAAGGGGCAGUGUUUUCACAAGGGAGCCCCCUACAGAACUGUUUUUGAUGUUUUAAAAUCAAUAAUAGUUCAUAAUAUGGUUUGGUUUGAAAUAAACAAUUCUGCAACAGUAAGAUAGUGUUUGUCACGAUGCUACCAAAUGUCAAAUUGGAUUUUACUCUUCAAUUACAUAUUGUUAUUUCCAAUUGUCCUCACGCUGUAUAACAUAGUGAUGUGUAUUAUGAUGACAAAGUAAAAGAAGAAUGUCAAAUAUCACCAGUUUUCACUGCCAUUGUUAAUACAUACAAGGCCGGAGACUCAUGGUUCUUACUCCGUACUAUAGGAAUGUUGUGGUAAUGGGGCAGUGUACACAUUUUUUUAAGCGGUUUCAUUAAUUUUCAUUUCCAUUUUAAAGGGCCGUCCAUUUCUCAAGAAAAGGAAAUUGGCAUUGCAAGAGAAGGCACAAUUCUAAAAUGCAGUGGUUCAUCCAUUUAGUCACAGUGUAGUCCUUGAAGACAGCCACCCUUGAGGCUGCUGUAAAUAGAUUCAUUGGUAGGCAUGUAAUGAAUGAGAGCGGACUGCAAUAAUAAGUUUAUCGUGAAGUGCAGCCUGUGUGGAGCAUCUGGGGAUGGAGAACAUA